UAAGGCUUCUCGUGCGAGACCGAUUAACACGUUCUUCCUUUUAAAUUAAAAUCUGUGUGAAAUAUUUAAAAAAUUAAUCAGAUAAGAUCGAUCGUGUUAAAACGAUCGAAAUUUAUGAUUAGAGGACAUAUCACGUGACGGUUAGUGAUCUAAACAUGAAGGGGAUUGGUUGGACGUUGACGUGCCUUCUCGUACUGGCGUCAUUUUCAAAAAUAGUGAUAUCCGACGAACGAUCAGAUUUUUAUUAUGCGAUCGGCAAAGUCGAAGAAGGAAGAAGAAACGGAUUAACGGUAGUUUCAAAGAAUUCUUCGGUCGAUCAAGACGUGGAAUAUGUUAGACAAUUUUUCGACAAGAUACUCGAUGGAAACGUGACCAAAGGAAAAGGGGUCGAAAGUACAGGCCGUACUUUCGGCUUUAAAAGGAUACAGUUUAUGUUGAUGCCGAUCAUGUACAAAAUGGGAGCAAUGAUGACUCUCUUGACGGUGCUCACUGUGAUUUCCUUGAAGGGUCUUUUAAUCGGUAUUAUUCUGUUGAUACUGAAGUUAAGUAGCUUCCUUGCCAAGUUCUAUUCUUGGAAUCAACAACACGUACCACAUUCCUGGUCGCCUCAACCGAUCCACGUACAUGUUCACAACGAUCUUCCUUACGCUCACGGACAAGCUUAUCACGGUUGGGAAACCGCGAGCGGGCCGGGAAACGAUGAAAAUUAUUAUUACAAGGGAUAAAAAAUGAAAUGCACUGGAUUCGAUUACUUCUUUUUAUCGCUCGUAUUGAAUGGAAAUACGACGAUAAGAAAUGGAAUAAUAUCGAUGAUCUGUGAUUCAUUUAGUGCCUUUUGUAGUGCCUUCGUGAUUGAUUACUUGUUAAUUUAUAAAUUAUCUAGUUUUUUACUUACCGUAAAUGCUGAAUAUGUUCCGCUUGUAUUCACUAAUCAAUUUUAGUGAUAUAAUAGUUGAGGAAAGAUUUACUUAGCUUUUAAACAAUGUUCGUCCAUAGGAGAUCAUUCAUAAAGUUAACUAUAUUUUUUUAUUUAGUUAAAAGUAUUCUUAACUAUAUAUUAUGGCUACCAUAUAGCUAACGAAAGUAAGCUAUACGUAAAGUUUCAUAAUUUAUUAUUCGUCCUAAUAGAGAGAAAGGAGAAAGAGAGAGAGAGAGAGAGAGAGAGAGAGAGAGA